AUGUCGUUUAAGCCGGCACUGGUAGUCGUAGACGUGCAGGAAGACUUCUGUCCUCCAGUGAGUAGACCGAAGAUGAUUGUGAACGCUGCAAGCGCCAUGCUAAUCGAGCAGAACGGCGCACUGGCAGUCACAGGUGGUCGCGACAUUGUGCCUGCUAUCAACGAGCUGUUGGCCUUUCCCUUUGCCCUGCGAGUCGCAACCAAAGACUUCCAUCCCCAGGACCACAUCUCCUUCGCCUCGAACCACCCUGCGCCCAACAACCAGCCCUUUGUGUCCAAAAUCACCAUCAAGAACCCACUCAACUCCGAUGAGACGCAUGAGACACAGCUGUGGCCUGACCACUGUGUGCAAGGUACCAAGGGCGCAGAGCUGCUGCCAGAGCUCCAUGUCAACCGCGUGGAUUGCAUUGUAGAGAAGGGUCAGGACAAGCGCGUGGAGAUGUACUCGGCAUUUGCAGACCCGUUUCCCAGUCCAUGCGCUCAGAGUGGCCUGGCAGACAGGCUGCGCAAGGCAGGCAUCACGGACGUCUACGUGGUGGGUCUGGCGGCCGACUACUGCGUGCGGUUUACAGCGCUCGAUGCGCAGAAGAACGGCUUCCAGACGUGGGUGGUUGGUGAGGCUACCAAGGCAGUCGAUCCGUCAUCAAUGGAGGAAGUCUACAGAGGCUAUGAAGAGGCUGGUGUCAAGGUCAUUGGAAGGGAUGAUGCGCAGAUACAGAGGAUUAAGGAGCUUGCACAGACGCAGGCUAAGCAUGAAUAA